CGUUUAACACUCUGGGUCCACCUUCAAGACUCUGGGCUGUGGAUCAAGCGAACCACCACUCCUCUUCCAAGUAUCAUUUUGACAGGUUCUUUUGGAGGAGCUCCUUCUUUUUUUAACCCAUCCUUUUAAACAAAAUGGCACCAAAGAAGGACGUGAAGAAACCUGCUGCUGCUGCUGCCCCUGCCCCUGCCCCAGCACCUGCGCCGGCCCCAGCCAAACCCAAAGAAGAAAAAAUCGAUCUCUCUGCCAUUAAGAUCGAGUUCUCUAAGGAACAGCAGGAUGAAUUCAAGGAGGCAUUUCUCCUGUUUGACAAAACAGGUGAUAGCAAGAUCACCUUAAACCAGGUUGGUGAUGUCCUUCGGGCACUGGGCACAAAUCCCACCAAUGCAGAGGUCAAGAAGGUUCUGGGGAACCCCAGCAAUGAAGAGAUGAAUGCCAAGAAAAUUGAGUUUGAACAAUUUCUACCCAUGAUGCAAGCUAUUUCCAACAACAAGGACCAGGGAACCUAUGAAGAUUUUGUUGAGGGUCUGCGUGUCUUUGACAAGGAAGGCAAUGGCACAGUCAUGGGGGCUGAACUCCGCCACGUACUAGCCACCCUGGGUGAAAAGAUGAAAGAGGAAGAAGUAGAAGCCCUGAUGGCAGGUCAAGAAGACUCCAAUGGCUGCAUCAACUAUGAAGCUUUUGUCAAGCACAUCAUGUCUAUCUAAACGGAGCUCUCAAGAACAAGCAUUGUUUAGGAAGACUGGCUGGAGUCCACUUUUAGUAACAUCCAUGACUAACUGUCCAUAUCUGUUUACCAUCUUUCAGAGAAACAAAAGCAAUCCGGAUCACUCUAGACUGAAGGACUUUCUGAAUUUUUAUACACCUUAAGUUUUUCUCUGAAAUAUAUUCAUACCACACAAACCAAAUGUCUGUUGCUCUAGACAACAAAAAUAAAAUAUUGGCAAUCUCAUAUCAAAGCAAUACUCUUUAUUAUCUACCAUGGGUCAACAGGCAUCCUUAAAAUAUAUCAAUAAACAAUAUUGGUCAGUCUGAAA